GAGGAAGGGGAGGAGGAGGAGGAGGAGGAGUUUAGGAUCUGGACAGACACAAGGGAGGAGCUGCAGAGGACAGCCAGCAGCAGGGAGGCGUCCACAGAGGACGUAGAGAUGGACAGAUGGUGGCAGCUCUGUCAGGUGUGCGGUCUGAUCGUCGCCUGCAAAAAGAGUCACAACGAGUUGAACCACGGCAACACCCUGCACCGCCACCGCCACCAUCACCACAGCAACACAGGCAGUUGUCACAGCAACAGGGCGGAGGCAGGCGGUGCCAGAGCUGCUGUCGUCAAACAGCAGCAGGAGGUUGAUGCCAGGACAGAUGGAGGGACAAGUGAAGAAGAAGAUGAAGAAGAAGAGGAGGAGACGCCUGCCACAAAAUGGUGCCAGGAAAAAGAUGGAGGGAGGAAGAGGAAGAGAGAGGAAGAGGAGGAGGUGAAACUAAUCCGUGUGAAGGAAGAAGAUGGAGGAGAGGAAGAGGACGUGAAAAAGGAGGUGACGGAGCAGCCGCAGAGACCGAGGAGGAGGAUGGUUGGCCCACCAAUCAGAUAUCUCCUGGAGUCAGAGGAGCAGUCACAUGGCUUAGGAGUCAAACACGCGAGGAAGAGCGAAGCCGGAGGCGGGGCUUCAGAGGACAUGUCAGUGAUUGACAGGUCUGAGGACGCAGGGCAGACAGGUUGGACUAAUCAGGACACAGUAAACAAACCCAAAAAACAAGGAAGAGGAUGUUUGAAGAAGGCUGUGGGUGUGUCCAGACACCUGCAGAGCGGUCAGCUGACCCUCAUCUCCCCCUGCUGUGUCAGACUGCAGCGGCUCCUCUGAUUGGUUUAUCAGAUGACUUUUAUUUGUCUGUCAAGGUCGUUUGGGUUCAGUCAGUUUGACGUCCUCGGGCCGACAGCACACACGUGUGUCAGGCGUGUUCAUGACUCUGUUUUAUCACAUGUUCAGUUACAGGUUUGUUCUUAUUGUUGUGUACAGUUUGUGUCAUGUGACCACUUGAAUGUAAAGAAACACUUCAACCUGCAGCUCAGGACACAGAAACAUGUUAAUACAAAGGGUCAAAUAAUUUAACUAAAACAAUUAUUUUUUUAAUUAAUUAACUAUUUUGUCAAUAUAUAAAAGUCCUACCAGACGUUCUCAGAUUUCUUUGUAUCUGAAAGAUUAAGGGGGGGUUGAUAAGUGACUGAAACACUUUAUAGAUUAUAGUAAUAAUAGUUUUCCACAGGUUGGCUCCUCCCAGCCUGUUCUGUAAGUUACUGCUGUUUUUUUUUGGAAAACUGAGUUUUAUGUCUGACUGCAUGAAGACUUUUAUUCUGUUGUGUUCUUUAUCAAAUGUGUAUUUAUUGUCAGGUGUUCAGUAGAUUUAUUAAACUGUAACUGAUAAAACUGAGAAA